AUGUACCACGAUAUUUCCGCCCUUUCUCCUGAGGAGAGCUUCAUACGUUUUAAAGAAAUUAACUCCGAACCAAAACCUUCAGCCGAGUGGCUGGCAAAGAAGAAAAAGUUGAGAGAUGCAUGGCUCACUUCUAAACCUAAGACGACGACGACGACAGCCGCACCAUCGGAUCAAUCCUCUACACUUCUUUUCGCAGUACUCGGAUUUCUUGUUUUGAUUACGCUCAUCGCGCUACUGGCCUUCCACAACGAUUUACCGCCUCAUAGUGGCGUGGACUCUGAGCGUCGAACUGCGAUGCAUAGCGGAGGUGUGGACGCGUCGUAUGUGAGGACAUUAGCCAACUGCUACGAUCGGUGCACCACUAAAAUACAGCUUUUCCACCGCCUCCUCACCAUACCCAUUGGAAAGGAGGUACGACAUGGCGAUACUAUGUCGCCGAGGCUGUUCACAGCUGCAUUGCUAUGGAUAAUGAAAUCACUUUCCUGGGAAGAAAUAGGCAUACGUGUUGAUGGAAGGCCCCCAAAUCGUGGAAACUUCGUCAUAGAUUUACUUCGGACGUUCUAUGAACAUGGAAAAGAUUUGAAGGAAGAACUGAAUAGAAGAAUAAGAGCAGCAUGGGCAGCAUUUGCAGCCGUCAGGGAAGCUACGGACCAAGAUCUUCGUGCCCGUCUACGUGACUCGACAGUUCUUUCAGCGUUCUGUUACGCAGCGGAGACGUGGGCAGACACCGCUGCUACGUCUAGGAAACUAAUCACUCCCCACAGAGCCCUUGAAAAAUGUCUCCUGAAGUUUAGGCGGCGCGCGCAACACAUAGCCGGUCUUCGCGGCUCCGACUCAGAAGGCAUGUCCCGUCUUCGCGAACCAGCGAAAAAUAAAGUAAAGCAUAGAUGGGCCGGUCACAUUAUAAGAAGAGUCGCCGGUAGAUGGACUAAAACCACGCUAGAGUGGAUCCCAAGAGAUGCUAAAUGUCCUCGAGGGAGACCACCGACGAGAUGGAAUGAUGUGUAUGCUGCAUUGAUGGACCAGCUGAGAGCUCAGCCGGAUCUCAAGGACGUCAACGUCACUCACGAAACGUGA